AAUCUGGUAUUCUCCCGUACUGUGCUGCAAGUCUGCAACUUGUUUCUUUCUUUCUUCGAUUGUUCGGGUUUCAUAGUCGAGUUCUCUCUUUGAAGUGAAAUUACAUGUAUUUUUAUUUGGAAAGAUUGAUGCCUUUUCUUUCACGGUGUUGUAGCUGAUCUUCCUUGUUUUUUUCGAGUAAGAGGUAUUGGCGAUGUGUGGAUUACUGGUGAACGAGCGUGUCUUACAGUUGGAUUAUCGCGCGGAGUUUUUCUGUGUUUCUCUUAGUCAUGUUUGAUUGGAACGACGAAGAGAUUUCAAAUAUAAUAUGGGGUGAGGCCAAUGAGAGUGAUGACCAUAUUGUUCCUUAUCGGGAGGGAAUCGAUGAUUGUCAUGACAAAAAGGAAUGGAACCAAGAAGCUUCAGCCAUCAAGCCUGCUGAAAGGAAGACAGCUGUUCCUAAAAUUGAUGGUCAUGGUAAGAAGCUGGAUAGCAGUCCAAACUUGACCGCAAAUGGUCUUUCUGCCUCAGGAUUUGAUUUGGAGUCCUGGCCCAUUCGGUCUUCAUCUAAUGCUGCCAAAACGAAUAUUGAUUUCUUGGGUGCUGAAGUAUCUAAAGACUUGAAUGAAAUUACCAAUUAUGAUUCAGCGAAAGAAUCAGCUCAAAGUGCACAGGAUCCUGGAAUUUUUCAAAGUCCUGGUGAAGGCAAAGAACCUUGUGAUUUUGCUGACUUUGGCUGGGCGAACAUUGGAAGCUUUGAUGACCUCGAUCGAAUUUUUAGCAAUGAUGACCCAAUAUUUGGCACUGUAAACCUUGGUGAUGCCAAUGAGCUAUGGUCUUCCUCAAAAGAUGUAACUAGCAGCCCACUGAAGUCAUUUCCUGCUUCUGUGGGGUCUCCGAGUUUAGGUUUAGGAAUAUUAAAGAGUGCACCCGAACAAUUUGAAAUUAAAAGGGAGCAUGUGGAAGUAGAUGAUAAGUCGUGUACCCUUGGAUAUGGGAAACCAGAAAUCCCUGCACCUCAUGGUCUGCAGAUUGCACAAGCUAUCCUGGAUACUGGGGAUCGUGCUGGAGGUAAAAGUAAGACCAAGGAGAAGGAUCAGAAAAUGGAUCUCAAUCUAAUGGCGAGGGGCACCGUGACAAACCCUCAACUUGGUCCUGAAAAUGUUAGAUCCCCAAGUGAAUUUUCGGAUCAGUAUUUGCAGGCUACCAAGCAGAAAAAGCUUUUGAAAAGUCGGAAAAAGUUGGGCGUUAGGAAUGAGGGUAAAUUCUUCCAAGAUGUUUAUGGUAAUUGGACUUCAUCUGGCAACCCAUCUGGACAAUUUGGGAACCAAUUUUUAUCUCCCACGGUACAAUCUUCUCCACCAUCAGCUCUCAGUCAACAGAGACUGAUUCAAGGAUCUGAAGCUUUGCAAUACCAGCAUAACUCCUGUCCAUUUGUGGCUUCUUCUGCAUAUGGGGAUGCUGCAUGUUCAUUUUCUGUCAUACCUGUAAUGUCCCAUGGUCAACCUGAGGAGCUGAAGCAUCAACCUUUGCUUUCUGGUUAUGAAGUUUCUUCAGUUACUGCAAAUCCUGUAAACAAGUCUGGAGAUGCCCGUGUGAAAUCCCAGACAAUGACGGCUCAGGAAAAAAUUGAAAAACUAAGGAGGCGGCAGCAACUGCAGGCACUGCUUGCUAUUCAGAAACAACAGCAGCAGCUUGGCCACCAAGCCUCUAGUACUGAUCAUGGCAUCGUUCAAAAGUGUACCAAAGCAAAUCAGCUUGUUGAUGGAGCUAGCCUUGAAGUCAAGGAUCUAGGCUCCCUUUCUUCUCUAGAUCCAAACUCACCUCUAGAACAAGAUGAUUCCAAUACAAUCUCUCUUGAUGUAAAUGAUUACGCAGUUGAGGACACAAUAGUCUUCAGGCUUCAAGAUAUUGUUGCAAAGUUGGACAUGAGAGUAAGACUUUCUAUACGAGACAGCUUGUUCCGCUUGGCUCAGAGUGCAAUGCAAAGGAAUUAUGCUAGUGAUACUAGCAGUUCCAACCAUAAGGAUUUGCAAGUCGUUGCUAACGAGGAUAUCAAUAACAGUAACAGGAAUGCUAGUAUGCCUGAUGAGGAAACAGAGACUAAUCCCAUCGACCGAACUGUGGCUCAUUUGCUGUUUCAUAGACCUGUGGAAUUAUCUGGACAACAUCCCGAUACUCCAGAAUCGCCCAUCUUUACCAAGCUCCCAUGCGAGCUCAAAUCAAUGGCCCUAACGAACCCUUCAACUGGGUACUUGGCCGAAAGUUCGAAAAACAAACAGAACUUAUCAAAAAAUUCUAGCUUGUUGUCGGAGUCCCAGAUGGUAGGCCAAUAUACAAGCAGCCCCUGUUUAGAUACUUCAGAGAACCCAUCAAACAGUAGGCAGGGGAAUGGGGCUGCCAGGAACAUUGAGGCCUCUCAAUGAAGAGAGAAUUUUAGUGCUCCGUAAGACAACUAUAUCGCCAUCUUGGAGCACUAAUGAGCAUGAUUAUCGGUGUUUAGCUACACAAGAUAGGUGUAUCUAUGCCUAGCAUGUUGGAGAAUUCUAGUCAAUAGCAAUGUAGCUAGCUUCUGUCCAAAUAUUUGUCUGUUCUGUGUUCUCAGAUAUACUCAAGACUCUAUUCUUGCUGUGUGUAUGCUUUAGACUCUGGUGUUGAUGUGUGUAUUGCGAAUGCGGGAAGAAGACAAUAACGAAAGCCUCCAUUCUUUUCUUCCAGAAUAACAGAAUGUAUCGAACCCUAACUUCCUAAGCAAGUCUUUCUUUUUU